AUCUUUCUACCCAAAAGCAACCAUACCAGCUCCCACCGCAGCCUGAGGUGACCACAAGCAGUGAAAAUUCCAAUUUCGUAUAGAAAAUUUGACAUUUUUUGUAAACAAGUUCAUCGCAUCAGUAAUUGUUGGUGUUCCUCCCCGAUCCAACCUUUUUACAACUCAACUCAGCGAGCGAGCUAUGAUACUGGCAGUGUUGUUCGCCAACUCGGAAGGCAACAUCCUAGUUGAACGUUUCAAUGGAGUUCCUGCUGAGGAAAGGCUGCAUUGGCGAUCUUUCCUAGUCAAACUUGGGGCGGAUAAUCUUAGGGGCGUGAAGAAUGAAGAGCUCCUUGUUGCUUGCCACAAGUCAGUUUACAUUGUUUACACUGUGCUUGGAGAUGUCAGCAUCUAUGUCGUGGGCAAAGAUGAGUAUGAUGAACUAGCUUUGUCGGAAGUCAUCUUUGUUAUAACAUCGGCUGUGAAGGAUGUAUGCGGAAAGCCUCCAACCGAGCGCCUUUUCCUGGAUAAGUACGGAAGAAUUUGCUUGUGUCUGGAUGAAAUUGUUUGGAAGGGAUUGCUGGAAAAUACAGAAAAGGAUAGAAUCAAGAGACUGAUAAGGUUGAAGCCUCCAACUGAGUUCUGAAUCAAGCUUCCUACUGAAUGUUGAACCGAAAGCAAUGUUGAAUUCAUCUCCGGUGUAUUUUCAGGCUUUGCAAUAACCAGUAUGUUUUCAAACCUCACUUGGAUUAGAUAAUAUGAGAACAGGUAAUAUUUUUCUACACUCCAUGAGAUUAUAUUUUUUAUACUCUUAAGAUUAUUCUUGUCAA